AUGGUACUGGUGCCUGAUCUGAUCUUCACGAGACAGACAGGAUAGACCUCGGCCGUUUACCUAAGCUAACUCACCCUACCCAAGCGAGAAGAGAAGGUAGCUACAGUUCGACUUAUCUAACACUCGUUGUUUUAGCUUGUGAUCAAUUGGCUGCUCUGCCCUCAGACUACCUGCCUAGGUACUAUCUGUUUCUUAUUUGGUCCGCCAGUUUAAGAGGACUGUAUAUAGCAGGUCUGUCUGUCUGUCUGUCUAGAGAAAAUCAACGCAAUGGCGGCCCCGGCUUCGAAGACUGUCACCAACUUAAAUGGCACAUGGGUUUUGAACAAAACCCUCUCAGACCCAACAGACCCAGCCCUGUCCCUCCAAGGCGUAGGCUGGCUACUCCGCAAAGGCAUCAGCGCAGCAACAGUGACAAUAGUCGUAAAACAAUAUCCUGAUCCAGAGACCAGCACAACGACCAUCGAUAUCGAUCAAUCAGCCUCAGGUGUAACAUCCACUAAAGAGCUGCGCCGACUAGACUGGAACUCGCGCGAGCACAAAGAUUUCCUCUUCGGACGCGUGCACGGACGAUCGAAGUAUAUCACUCUCUCCGAGCUAAAAGCGCUCAUCAGUCCCGAGGGAGAAGCGCGCAAGGAGAAAUGGGUUGAGAAUGACUUUCUCGCGGAGGAUUGGCUGGAAACUGACGGAGAAGAAGGGAAACUUGUGUUGAGCCAUGUAGUUGCCGAUGCCGGCUGGUUCGCGACGCAAGUUUGGGGGUUUCAGGAUGUGGGAGGCGAGAGACGGUAUGUGAGGAACGUGGUGGUUGCCAAGGAGGAUACGUUUGUGAACUUUAAGAUGAUAUAUGAUUUUGUUUCGGAGUAGGUAAAGGGGAAGGUGAGAGUAUGUAUAGAAAGAAACAUGAGAGGAGAGAGGUAGAAAGGAGAGAGCUGGAGGAUCGAAUUGAUGGGACACAUAUCAACGUGUAAACGGGUGGAGUUGGUCGACGCGUAAUAAAGCAGGUAUAUAUACGCUCUGGAGAGACAGAGAGAAGGGCAGAUAGAUAGACAGGCUGAUAGGAUGAGGCGGUCCAGAUGGUAUAUAAUACAAAAAGGGGCAUCAUCAGAUGAUAUAGCGCAGAAAUGAAAUAAACGAUUUGUGUAAUUUAGAUAUGGUUAUUUCUCAAUACGAAUCGGUUAUAGUAUCCAAAUCAAGCACGACAACACAUAUCAUCGUCUUUC